AUGCCAAAGAUAACCGAACUUCGUGGUUUAUUCAAACCAUUUACGAAACCGUUACAUCGCCAAUGGAAAUGGGUAUGGCAAGAGAAAGGCAAAUUUAACGAACCUAAGUUAACCAUACCUAAAGCAUUCGAAGGCCGCCAAUUGAAUAUCAUUGACCCUUUACAUGAACCGGAUCCAAAUGCUUUACCCGACGAAUCAACACCCUGGACUAGUCCCACUCGACAUCCGAUGUUUGAAUAUCUUGUACCACCACUACCACGCGAACAACAUCCUUUAUUUCACCAUGAUCGACCGGUUUUUCUGUUUGAUUCAAAAACAAAAUUACAUGCAGGUAACAUUCAUCCAACGAAGAAUCAAAAACUAACAUUUAUUGGGUUUGUCUGUCUGUUUAAAGGCGUUGAUCAAGCAUGUUUAUUAACAAAAACGAUUCCAUUCUAUGAAUUGCCGCAAUCAAUCAAACAAAAUCUCGAUCAAGUAACUAUACCCAAUCAAGAUGAUUUAAUUCAAUCGUACAUUCGCCAAUCGAUUGCCUAUGAUGCAACCAAAGAAAAAUUACCGAGAAAGUAUACUCCUCUAAAACAACGUCGUUCAUUUCGUGUUGAAUAUUCGAUACCGCGUCCAAGACAAAUGAGUAUACUGUUAGAAAAUACUCUUAGUCUUUGUGAAUCUCUAGGCGGACGAUAUCCUGAUUUGUUUAAACGAAAUCUAUAUCGUAAUACACCAUUCUACACAACAUUUGAACGUUAUGGCGAAUUAGUCCAUUUAAGAAAGAAAAAUGAAUACAUCUUAACUAGUCCUACACCGUUAUCACCAAUUGUCAAACGUUUAUAUAAAUUAGAGAUAAGUUCAGGUGAUAGUGUCAAUGAAAAUCUUGGUGUUCAUGAUCCUAAUGGACAUUAUGUUAUGCAAGGAAAUGAUUACAAAUUCUUGAACAUGUACCCUGUAUAUCCAACAAUUGAUCUUCAAUCAGAACAACUCUAUCAAGAUGGAGAUGAACAAGGCUGGAGAAUGAAAAAAUCUAAUGAAUAUGUUCAUACAACAUUUUAUGUUUCAAAUGAUGAAUUAAUUCACGAAGCAACAACUGAUGAACGUUUAGCACGUAUGGUUAUGUUUGCUUUUGGUACUGCUCUUGUCCAGGCUCGUCAAUUAUAUCCAAAUGGUCAUUUAACUAAGCCGGUUACUGUUCAAUCAGUAUUUCUUCUCGAUGAACUUUUUCAUUUCGUCGUUUUUCAAUUGAAUACGUUGAAUUACAAUGAAACCAACGAUCAGCGAUAUAAUUAUGUCUGGAUUGACAAAGACAACUACCUCUAUGAUAAUCGUCCAUCGAUGGUGAUGCAUAAUCCUCUGUAUGGUACAGAACGUAACUUACAGCGAUAUGUUUUAGAAAAACUGAAAUAUAAUCCUGAAGUUUUUCAAAAAUUUCUAGCAUUGUACUUGCAAGGUAUUAAAUAA